GGUUGGUAUCAUUGCGAAGCUAUCUACCCAAAUUCGCUUCUCACGUCCGCAUCAUUCUCACAUUUGCAUUUUGCGCAGAAAUAAAUUAAUGAAGUGCUCAAGAAUCGAAUGAAAAAUAGAUAAGUCAUCGAUACGUUUCUUCGAUAUGCGACGCAAUCGGAACAGGACGAAUAAUACCCAUCACCCCGGAUGAUCGCAGGCUCAUUCGAUUCCACAACUGCCUUGAACGAGAAAACUCGGCAAAUACAGCAGCAUGAUGUCGUCCUUGUGUUACAUCCUCCUGCCCAUUGUUGUGAUAAUUGGAUUGUUGAGAAAGUGCCGUGAACACUCGUGGGGACGAUGCAAGGACACGAGCAAUCUACAGGAUCGUGUUUUCCUGGUGACUGGCGCCAAUUCGGGGAUUGGCAAGGAAACAGUUAGAGAACUUGUGAGGAGGAGAGCAAGAGUCAUCAUGGCUUGCCGGGACAUGGAAAGUGCGCGUAACUGCAUUACUGAUAUUCGGAGGAAGAUUUCCACCGGAGAAAUGAUCCCAAUGGAGCUGGAUUUAGCGUCUCUUCUGUCAAUCCACAAAUUUGCGGAACGUGUACUACGAGAUUUCCCUGAGAUUCAUGGAUUAAUAAAUAACGCCGGUGUUUACGUACCUUUGAAGAAUCGAAUGUCAACGAGAGAUGGAUUUGAGAUUCACUUUGGAGUCAAUCAUCUCGGGCACUUCCUCCUCACCAAUCUAUUGUUGGAUAAGAUGAAGGCAUCUGCUCCAAGCAGGAUUGUGAUAGUAACAUCAAAAUUGAUGGAGUCCGGAGUGAUCGAUUUCUCAAACCUCAAUGGAGAAAAAGGACUCCCCUCGAAAGGCCGAAUGAAUCCCGCCUAUUGCAACUCCAAACUCGCGAAUGCAUAUUUCGCCACAGAAUUAGCCAAACGCCUGGCAAAUACUGGGGUCAAUGUUUACAUGGUUUGCCCAGGAUUCACUUAUACCGGACUUUUUAGAGAUGUUAAGAGGAGUUGGUUCCAUUACAUCAUCUUUUCACCAGUCGCUCUUCUUUUUUUACGCACAGCUCAUCAGGGCGCACAAACAGUUCUACACUGUGCAACAGAUGCUUCCCUGUCAAACGAGAGUGGAUUACUCUAUCGUGACUGCAAAGUUUACGCAUCAAAGAAGACCCUGAAGCCAGAAGUGGCCGAAAAACUCUGGGAAAUUAGUGCCAGUCUCACAGGAGUCGAUCCUUCCAAAUAAAACAAAUACAAUUUUUCACUGAUUUUAGUAAAAAAAACAACCGUUAAGAUCUCUUUACCCAUCUCACAUUUUUCGAAACUAUGUACAUACAAUGAGAGAAUUAUUUAAGCUCGAAAAUGCCAUUUUUCUAGAUUUUAAGGUUCAAAUCAUCGUAUCGAUAGUUACAAUGAAUCGUGAUUGUCAUCAUUAUCAAUAAUACGGUAGGAUAAAAUGCUAAAUUAUUUUUGGACCGAUGAGCAGUGGAAAAAAAACAACAUUGAGAAGGAAAAUGAAUCCUUUGAUAUUGAAGGACAACUCUAAUAGCAUUAAAUGAGCCAGAUACAAUAAUUGUAAAUAAUCAAUAUAUAUUAUUAUCAUGAUUAAUUCGCAAGUGUCAUCUCAACAGAAGCAAAUUCGAUACAGCUUUUAACAUCGUACUAUAAAUUAUAUAUACAUCAAAUAAAAGAGUGAGACCAGUGAACAAUGGAUAAUAAAAUUACUAUUUUAUUAUGUGUUCUAUAUAAUGAAAUAAUUUAAUCAUUCAAUCAUUGUUCUCUGUUCCAAUUAAUCUCACUCGCGCUUAUACUGAGAAGAAAAUGAUUACAAAUCGAGCGACAUUUAUUUGAACAAUAAAAUGUAAACAGAAA